AGGCAUGCCAUUCUCCACCCUUCAGUGUCGACGCAUUCGAAGCCCGAUUUUGCUUUUGUACUAAACGCAGUGAUAUGACCGCAUUUUAAGGAUUGUAUCUAUUGAAUUGAAUCAUUCAUUUGAACUUUUUUGACUCGCUUGUAGCAACAUAGGCCUUUCUCUCAUGAACGAUGGCAUACAGUACAUUUUUGUUGCACAUCUACGGCCUUGCUUUAUUUUUUCUCGGUUCUCAUCCCGUGAAUGGAGACGUCAGCUAUUCUUUUCCAGAGGAGAUGAAACGUGGAUCUGUUAUCGGAAAUAUUGCAAAGGACCUGGGACUUGACUUAGGCGUCUUGUCCGCUCGGAACGCUCGUAUUGAUACGGAGGAUAACGGUGUCAAGUACUGCAGUGUAAAUUUAAAUACUGGAGACCUGGUUGUACAAGAAAGGAUUGACAGGGAAGGGCUUUGUGCGAAAAAAGCCUCGUGCGUUCUGAAGCAGGAACUUGUGCUGGAAAAUCCGCUGGAGUUGCACCGUAUUAAUAUCCGUGUUCAGGAUAUUAAUGAUAACUCCCCGCAGUUUAAAGAAGAUUCACUUGUGAUUGAAAUUAGGGAAUCUGCAGACAAGGAUGCGCGAUUUCUUUUGGGAGAAGCGCAUGAUGGAGACAUCGGAGAAAAUGCUGUGCAGGGCUACUCACUUCAGCAAAAUGAACAUUUUAAACUCAAUGUCAACACGAAAGCAGGUGGACGAAAAUACUGUGAGUUGGUCUUAGACAAAGAAUUAGACAGAGAGGACAAAAAAGAGAUUACCAUGUUACUUACUGCAUUUGAUGGCGGUUCUCCUCAGAGAUCAGGCACUGUAGUCAUACACGUCACUGUGCUGGAUGCUAAUGAUAAUGCACCAGUGUUUAGCCAGACCGUCUUUGAGGCUACUCUACCUGAGAACUGUCCUAUUGAUAUAUUAGUAAUCACUGUGAGUGCAACUGAUGCCGACGAUGGUUUAAACAGUGAAAUUACUUAUGCAUUUGACCACGUUUCAGACGAAGAUAGCAACGUGUUUUCUUUACACCCUAAAACGGGAGAGGUACGAAUCGCUGGAGCUGUUGAUUAUGAGAAAGUGUCAUCUUAUGAAAUGCAGAUCAGUGCUAAAGACGGUCUAGGGUUAGUUUCUUAUGCAACGUUAAUUAUUGAAAUUACCGAUUUGAAUGAUAACGCUCCAGUUAUAUACUUGAAAUCUCUGAGUAAUCCCAUACCUGAGAACGUGUCACCUGGUACAGAGGUGGGCAUCGUUAACGUGCAGGACAAAGACUCAGAGAAUAACAAACAGGUCCACUGCUCCAUUCAGCAAAAUGUCCCUUUUAAGUUAGUUCCUUCUAUUAAAAACUAUUAUUCUCUGGUGACAACAGGACAACUGGACCGUGAACUAGUGUCUGAUUACAACAUUACAAUCAGUGCCACUGACGAGGGCUCUCCACCUCUGUCCUCCUCUAAAACUGUUCAGUUAUCUGUAGCUGACAUCAACGACAACCCACCUGUGUUUGAGGAACAGUCCUACAGCGCAUAUGUGACUGAAAAUAACAAACCUGGCUCCACUUUAUGUUCCGUUACUGCUCGAGACCCCGACUGGAGACAAAACGGUACAGUGAUUUAUUCUCUGUUACCUGGUGAGGUGAACGGUGCCCCGGUGUCCUCCUAUGUAUCAGUGAACGGAGACACGGGGGUGAUCCACGCUGUGAGAUCGUUUGAUUAUGAACAGUUGAGGAACUUUAAAGUCCAGGUGAUGGCCAGAGACAACGGUUCUCCUCCGCUCAGCAGUAACGUGACCGUCAGUGUCUUCAUAUCUGAUGUAAACGACAACUCUCCUCAGAUACUGUAUCCCGCCCUCGAGGGCAACUCCUUCAUGACUGAGCUGGUCCCCAAAGCUGCACACGGAGGCUCUCUGGUAUCCAAAGUGAUAGCAGUGGACGCGGACUCCGGACAGAACGCCUGGCUGUCCUAUCAUAUAGUUACAUCCACUGACCCGGGACUUUUUUCUAUUGAUGUCCACAGUGGAGAGAUCAGGACACAGCGGGACAUUUCUGAAUCUGACAGCAUGAAACAGAACCUUAUUGUGGCGGUGAAAGAUAACGGACAGCCCUCUCUCUCUGCCACCUGCUCCAUGUAUUUAAUUAUUUCUGAUAACUUGGCUGAAGUGACAGAAUUGAAGGACAUUUCUUAUGAUGAGAAGAAUUCCAAACUGACUUCUUAUCUGAUCAUCGCCCUUGUCUCUGUGUCCACCUUUUUCCUGACCUUCAUCAUCAUCAUCCUGGGUGUCAGGUUUUGUCGCAGGAGAAAGCCCAGACUGUUGUUUGACGGAGCAGUCGCCAUCCCCAGCGCUUAUCUCCCUCCCAAUUACGCAGAUGUUGACGGCACAGGAACUUUACGCAGCACUUACAAUUAUGACGCCUACCUGACAACAGGUUCCAGAACGAGUGACUUUAAGUUUGUGACAUCUUACAAUGACAACACACUGCCUGCUGACCAGACUCUGAGGAAAAGUCCCAGUGACUUUGCUGAGGUGUUUGGAGACUUGGAAGGUUGUUCAGAGGUAAGAGAGUUUUAAUUACCCUUUUUCUUUACAUCUCACAAAGUACACUGCUUACCUU